UGAGCUUGAGUUGAGAGUCAGACUGAGCAGUGAGAGGCGCAGGGCACCCAGCACCCAGCGACACAGCAACUUUAUUUGAGCGAGAGAAGAGUAAGUGAGGACAGAGAAAAGAGAGUGUCCACAACUGAUAGGAAAAGUGAAAGAGGUUUAUGAGACAGCAAACAAGCAGAGGUACGGGGUGCAAGUGGAAUAGGCAAAAUUAUAGAUGGGAAUAGGUACUGGGUGCAAGAGAUAUUAGGGUAAUUAUAGGUGGGAGUAGGUUCUGGGUGCAAGAAAUAUUGGGGCAAUUAUAGGUGGGAGUAGGUUCUGUGUGCAAGAAAUAUUGGGGCAAUUAUAGGUGGGAAUAGGUUCUGGGUGCAAGAAAUAUUGGGGCAAUUAUAGGUGGGAAUAGGUUCUGGGUGCAAGAAAUAUAGGGGCAAUUAUAGGUGGGAAUAGGUUCUGGGUGCACAAAUAUUGGGGCAAUUAUAGGUGGGAAUAGGUUCUGGGUGCCCAGUAUAGUUUAGGAGACACAUACAGUGUAUGAGGGGCAGAGAGGGCACCAGAGGCAGCAGAUGCCAGGCUUGGGGUAAGACUUAGGGGCUCAGUAAGAGACAGAGAAGGGAUGAUGAUGGAGUAGGUGGGUGUCAGGGAGACAGAACCAGAGCAAAAGAAGAAGGAAGCAAAUAAAGAGAAGGAAGAGCUCAGUGAGAAUCUGGAGGCAGAAAGAGGCGACAACGGGGUGAAUGACACCAAAACAGAAAGCAAUGAGCUAAGAAUGGGGGUGCCAGAUGCCGGUCGCAGUAUAUUUUAUUUUUUGAUGCUUCACCUUCAAUUCCCGGUCUCUCCUCACAUCCAUCAAUCGCUGUGCCCCAAACCAGUGCUCCCUCCGAAUAGCCAAGUUGCCCCUCUUCUUUCCAACGUGUCCCUGACCUGCCCGGGCUGUGAAGGAGAUGUUUUGUGGCGCCGUGGCCAAGCUGAAUCUUUUCUGCCCAAAAGGAUGAUCAAAGAAGGGCGAUUGCUCCUGAACUCCAUCCAAAGCAAAGAUGGGAAUCUCUACACUUGCAUUAAGGAGAAGCAAAGUAUAUGCUCAGUGGAGUUACUGGUGGCAGAGUUGGAAAAACCAGUGAUGGAGUGCUACCUGCGGCACCCAGCCAGUAACAUCACCUGUGAGUGGAAAAAGAACUCAAGCCUUCCUCGUGGCACCAUCGUCAUCCUCAUUUCAAGCAUGGGGUACAGUGCUGAGCCCACAAUCAACUCCUGUUCCUACUUCACCUUGUCCAAGAAGUAUCAGUGUCGCCUCCAUCACACAGAGGGUCGCACAGAGAACUACUUUCUGUCCCUUUGUGUGACCAGACAGACAGACAGCACAAUGAGUGACAUUAUUAUGGUCAAUUACAAAUCUAUAGUGCAACCGGAUCCUCCUAUCGAGGUGACCGCAUCACCCGUUGAGUUUGCCCCUAGAAAGUUACGAGUGAAAUGGCGCAAACCGCGAUCCUGGAGUGGCACUUAUUAUGAGUUGUUGUAUGAAGUUCAGUACCGGGCAGAAAACUCCCAUCACGUCUCCAGUGUCACAACAUCAGACCGUAUUUUCCAUAUUGUAGAUGCUUUCAAGGGCAGGAGGCAUUUUGUCUCGGUGAGGGCCAAAGAGGAAUUUGAUGGUUUAUGGAGUAGCUGGAGCCAAGAGGUCGUUGGAACCCCAUGGACAGAUUCUACCCAGAAAGAACCAACCAUGGAGACGUCGCAGGAGGUCCCUGGGAACUUAUACACCAAAGUCUACCCAACCAGCCCCGAAAUGGAAAGUGAGGAAGACUCUAGGAUACCGAUUUCACCCUCCAGGCCCCCCUGGUACACGUUUGUCAUUGGUGGGGUCAGCCUUGGAUUUAUCUUCUUGCUGGUACUGGUGGUUCUGCUCAGGAAGCGCCAGAAGUGGACCUCUUGUAUAGCAAAGGGGACUAAAUUAAAGACUCUGUACUGGUCCAUCCCUUCUGGAGUUCAAUCCCAAGAGAUGCCUCCUGCCAACCUGGAAUACAGAGCAAAGACCCCACUGCAGAGCAAGCAAUGAACUUGGGGGCAAUGUGGAAGUCCAAGGACGUGGAAGGGCCACAGUACAAAGUGACUUUAUUUGGGCAGUGCCGUAACUAGAGGGGGGCGGCCCUGGUGCGUGACGCGCAGCUGUGCCCCACCCCCCCUCCGUACACAAGGGCUUUCACUGGUGAGCGGGCUGCCAGGGGGCUCUGAGGGGGUGCGGGCCCUGGUCCGCUCGCACCCCCUGCUCCACCGGUAGUUCUGCCACUGUAUUUGGGAACCAAAGUGCAAAACCAGUUGGAUGUAAAUAAUGUUUCAGUGUAAAUAAAUUCUCUGUAGAUA